AUGCUUAAGCCAUUUGAAGAGGCCACCAAGACCAUGAGUAGUUCCGAAGCCUGUAUUUCAUCCGUGAUCCCUCUAAUUCAUGUCUUGACCUGCACAUUGGAGAAUCUAUUGAGACAGAAUAUAAAUAAUACUGACCAAACUUGCGGAAAUACUAUUCAAAAAUUGAUAGAAGAAAUUACCAAUCGCUUUGGUGACCUUCAUAAUAAUAAGAUCUACACAAUCGCUACUUAUUUAGAUCCAAAAUAUACAACUAAGUUUUUUAAUGAAAUCACUAAAGAAAGUAUUGAGUCCGAACUGAUUUCUUUAUGUCAAGAUAAAGAAGGCCAUGGCGCACAACCACAACCACAAACACAGUCAUUCGAUCAUGAUGUUAUUCAACACAAUCAACACUUUCAUCAUACCGAUAACGAGAGCCUACCAUCAACGAGUUCUGGAGCUAACUUUUCUACAGGCAGAUUUUUACAAUCAAUGUUAUCUGAUAUGCUGGCCUCAGCUCCUAAUAGUAACGAUGAAGAAAAUCCCAUCGCACCCAUCCGACAGAUUUCUUAUCCUGAAGUCAAUAAUAAUUAA